UGUCCUUUCUCUGCCAAACAUCUGCCAUGUCUUCCGAGGUGGUAAUCUUUGGCUUUUGUUAUUUAAGGGCUGUUGGGUCCUGGAUGGUUACCCCAUGGCUUUGGGGCUUCCCUAAACAGUUAACAAAAACACGGCGCACGCGGCGGCCGUUUCGCUUUCUGUGCUUGUUGUUCUUGGCACGGGGUCAGUUCUAUGAACUUCUGGUGUCCAACUGGUAGGACCUGAAACUCUGUGUUUAACAAGUGCCUGUAGUCAAAACAGUUGGCGUGUGCGAGCGGGGAUAGCCGGUGCCGACUGCGGCCGGUCCACCCCGCGGUCCUGGGCGUGCAGAGCCCCGAGUCGCGGCGCUCCGAGCCGGGGCUGGGCUUCUGUGGUGGUUACAUUGUGAGGUUUUUUUUUUCUUUCUUCUUGUUUUUUUUUUUUUUCUUUUUCGUGACGGCACCCGUGCUCAUGUGGAUCGCUUCAGGUUCCAAAAGUACAACAUGUUUACAGCCGUCGUAGAAUCAGAUUAAGUUGGCAGCCUGAGUCUCCAGAGAAGACACGGUUCAAUGUGCAGACCUUCUCCCUCUCCGGCGUCUCCACCCUCCAACUCCAGGACAUCACUAGCACAGGUGAAGACAAAAGCCUGUCUCAGCGGCCAUAGCUCUGCCAGCAGCACCUCAAAGCCAUUCAGAACGCCCAAAGACAAUCUACUUACCUCCAGCAGCAAACAGCACACGGUCUUUUCUGCGAAAGGAUCAAGGGACAAACCAUGCGUUCCGGUUCCUGUAGUCAGUUUAGAGAAAAUUCCUAACCUAGUGAAGGCAGAUGGUGCCAAUGUCAAAAUGAACUCUACAACCACCGCUGCGGUCACCGCCUGCUCCACCUCGACCUCGGCUGUCUCCGCCCCACCCUUAAUUAAGCCGGUCUUGAUGUCCAAGUCAGUGCCACCUUCCCCAGAGAAGAUCUUAAAUGGCAAAGCAAUUUUGUCCACCACCAUAGACAAGAAACACCAAAAUGGCACCAAAAACAACAACAAGCCUUACAGGAGACUUUCAGAGAGAGAAUUUGACCCAAAUAAACACUGUGGAGUAUUGGAUCCCGAGACAAAGAAACCUUGCACAAGAUCCCUCACCUGCAAGACACAUUCGCUAAGCCAUCGGAGGGCAGUCCCAGGCAGGAAAAAGCAAUUUGACCUCCUUCUGGCGGAACACAAAGCCAGGUCCCGAGAAAAAGAAGUUAAAGAUAAAGAGCAUCUUCUGACUGCAGCGAGGGAAGUUCUUCCAAACCAAUCUGGGCCGGCACAGGACCCUCUGCCAGGAUCUUCAGGGAGCUCUGGGCCGGAACCUAAAGUCACAUCCCCUGCAAAAUCCAGGCCACCUAACUCUGUGCUUCCUAGACCAUCAUCUGCAAAUAGCAUCAGCAGCACCACAUCUUCAACCCACAGCGGCUGCGCCCCGGAAGCCCCUGCGCCCCCCGCUGCAGGUGACCUCGCCAGCCGACUGUCGAGUGAUGAAGGGGAGAUGGAUGGUGCCGAUGAAUCCGAGAAGUUAGACUGUCAGUUCUCCACCCACCACCCUAGACCUCUUGCGUUUUGCUCAUUCGGGAGUCGCCUCAUGGGACGAGGGUUCUAUGUGUUUGAUAGAAGAUGGGAUCGUUUUCGAUUCGCUCUAAACUCCAUGGUAGAAAAACACUUGAAUUCGCAGAUGUGGAAGCACAGAAACCCGAGCCACAGGGCGUCAGGUCCCUCCCCCCUUUUCAGGACUUGCCUAACCAACCUCCUGUCACUGAGCAACAUUGGGGCUGCCUGGGUGUCAACUCUGGAGAGCGUAGCACCCCGCUGCCCCCUCAACCUCGCUGCCCAAACCCCAGGCCCAGACGGGCCCGAACCUGGAGGGAAGGCAGCCGAUGAGGGCGUGGAAGACAUUAGGAAGAAAAGGAACGGCCAAGACUCUUUUUUCUUUAACAAGCAUUUAACUCUGCAUCAGGAGGCGCCAACACAGUGUUCUCUUUCAGCCAGGAAGAUCCCUCCUGCGGCAGAUAGCCCCAUGCCCUCGCCAGCAGCCCACAUCACCACCCCCGUUCCGGCAUCCGUGUUACAGCCCUUCAGCCACCCCAGUGCUGUGUAUCUUCCUUCAGCUCCCAUCAGCUCGAGACUCACCUCUUCUUACAUCAUGACAUCAGCCAUGCUCCCCAACGCAGCUUUCGUGACCUCGCCGGACCCAAGCGCCCUCAUGCCGCACCCCACAGCUUUCCCUCAUGUGGCCGCAACCCUCAGCAUCAUGGACUCAACCUUCAAGGCCCCUUCCGCCGUGUCCCCGAUACCAGCCGUCAUCCCUUCCCCAUCCCACAAGCCAUCCAAAACCAAAACCAGCAGAUCCUCAAAAGUCAAAGACCUGUCUGUGCGGAACGACGAGCCUCCGAGUAACAAAAAGAGGAAGCCGCCGUCGUCGACCUCCGCCUCGUUCUCCUUGCAGACACCCCUCCCGUCCCCCCUGUCAGGGCCCCACAAAAAGAACUGUGUUCUGAACGCCAGUUCCGCUUUGAACUCCUACCCGGCGGCUCCGCCCUAUAACAGUCUGUCCGUGCACACCUCCAACAACGGGGUGAGCCCACUCAGUGCCAAACUGGAGCCCUCAGGACGGACCUCGCUGCCCGGAGGGCCCCCGGACAUAGGGAGACACCUGGGCUCCGUGGGCGGCAGCGACGCCUGUCCCCUGGCGGUGCCCUCCCUCGCGGGCGACCUCUCUCUGGCCUCACACAAUGCCGUGUCUGCUCUGCCCCUCUCUUUUGACAAAUCAGAAGGAAAAAAGCGUAAGAACUCGAGUUCUAGUAGCAAAGCCUGUAAAAUCACUAAAAUGCCUGGUAUGAAUAGCGUUCACAAAAAGAACCCGCCCAGCCUUCUCACACCGAUGCCCGACCCCGUUAACAGCACCUCCUCUCGGCAGGUUGGGAAAAAUAGCAGCCUCGCUCUGUCACAGUCCAGCCCUUCCAGCAUAUCCAGCCCAGGACACAGCCGACAGAAGACCACAAACAGAACGGGCAGGAUAAGGACUCUUCCAUAACAAGACUAUGAAGCCACUUCCAAUCCAAUGCCUGGCCGCGGGUCCCACCCAGGGGGCCCAGGGGGCAGGGAGUGGGCAGUCGGGGAUCCAUUUCCUGGGCCCGCCUGUGGCUCUGGCCUUUCUUUUUCUUUUUUUAAUGACCAAUUUUUAGUUUUGGAGAAAAAGGAAAAGGCAAAAGAACGUGAAUUUGAGAUUUACAGAAAACAAUACCAGUGUUUUGUUUUCGUUGUCUUGCGUUUGCCACAUGUACACAUUCUUCCAAGCUCGGGGCCGCUCCUCCAGCUUCUGAUUCAACUACUGCACCGUCGUCUUGCUCCAGCCACGAGAGCAGACGGUUGGGAUGUCAGUUCCCGGUUGGCAUCAUCGGAAACUCAAACUUUAGCACGUGCAGUGCUCCUUUCCUUGCCCUCGCCCGCCUGCCCAUCCCUCCCCACCCAUCCCCUCCUACCUGCCACUCACUGGGUCCCCAAGGCCAUCACAGGAAGUUGCCUCUCAUAAGCUCACCUCUGGACACUGUGCCGGGGAGGGGCUUUGCCGGGGAGCAGCCGAUGGUUGGGGAGCGGAGAACAGAGGCAGGAGGGUGGCCGAGCACACUCUUCAGGUUUCUAGGGCGCACCAGGUCCACUGUCCAGCUGUGCAGCUCAGAGGGGAUCUACUGGGUCAGGUCUGGACCGGGCCUGGGAGGUGGCGGGAAGCAGAGAAUGGGGGUAGGAGAAGCUAUCCCUCAGGAGAUAGUAGGGACGAGGUGGCUGUGGUCAUCUGAGCUUGUUAGGAGUCCAGGCUGCAAAACCCCUUCCUGGGUGCCAUGUGCACGGGCCCAAAGCGGGGCAAGCCAGAGAGGGAAGCACCCCUGGGAAAGGGCAGGGGACCCCAGGAAGCCACUCUGAAGAAGGCACGGUGCCCACAGCUGUGGACAUUCUCCAGCCGCCCUCCAGGGCUGGGCAAGAGGAGAAAGAGGGAGGGAAGGAAGGAUCUGGGGGAAAGCUUCCACGGAGGGCUAUGUGUCAAACGCCUGGUGAGAAUGAAUACUAGACUCGCCCACCCGCCUCUGGGCCCGGGGCCCCAAGGCCCUGUGACUCAGCGCCCCCUAUAUCAGGGUCUGCUGGGUUAUCCGAGGCCCAGCUCAGACACAGCCACCCCAGGAAAGAGUGGGAAGGCCAUGCCACUCCCUAGUGAGGAGGAGCGAAGCUGGAGCCUCACAGCUAUGAAACUGUUGACACUGGAGUUUGAAAGAAACACCAAUACUGUAAGCUUUAACCAGGAAUCAGUCCGGAAAGCAACUCACAAUAUAAAGUAAGUGUUCUGUGCUGUUCA